CGCGGCACGUUCCUGUGCUGCCGGCAGGCUGCCCGGCGGCUCGUCAGAGGCGGCGGCCGGCGGAUAGUCACCUUUUCUUCGUCGAACGUUGCGUCGCUCCGGCCAGGGUAUGGCGCGUACGUAGCGACGAAGGCGGCCGUGGAGGCCAUGACCAAGGUGCUGGCCAAGGAGCUCGCCGGAACUGGCAUCACGGCCAACAGCGUGGCGCCGGGGCCGGUCGCCACGCCCAUGUUCUACGCCGGGAAGUCCGAGGAGCGCGUGAGGGUCGUCGCCAACGAGUGCCCCAUGAAGCGCAUCGGCGAGCCAGCGGACGUGGCGCCGGUGGUCGGCUUUCUCUGUAGUGACGCCGCCGGGUGGAUUAACGGCCAGGUGAUUCGGGUCAAUGGUGGGUACGUGUAGUUUGUGCCUUUUGCUCAUAUCC